AUGCUAUUCAUGGGCUCAUUGCACAAUCACUGCUGUGGCCAAGGAGGGAAGCAACAGGAUGUCUAUAAGUACAUUAAAAACCAAUGUGUAGGGCAGGUGCACCAGGGCGUGCUGAGGGACGGCACAGAGGUGGCCGUGAAGAUCCAGUACCCAGGCGUUGCCCAGAGCAUCCAGAGCGACGUCCAAAACCUGCUGGCGGUGCUCAAGAUGAGCGUGGCCCUGCCGGAGGGCCUGUUUGCUGAGCAGAGCCUGCAGGCCUUGCAGCGGGAGCUAGCGUGGGAGUGUGACUAUCGUCGAGAGGCGGCCUGUGCCCAGAACUUCAGGCAGCUGUUGGCAGAUGACCCCUUCUUUCGGGUGCCGGCGGUGAUUCAGGAGCUGUGCACGACGUGGGUGCUGGGCAUGGAGCUGGCUGGAGGGGUCCCCCUGGACCAGUGCCAGGGCUUGAGCCAGGACAUCCGGAACCAGAUCUGCUUCCAGCUCCUGAGGCUUUGUCUUCCGGAGCUGUUUGAGUUCCGAUUCAUGCAGACGGACCCCAACUGGGCCAACUUCCUGUAUGAUGCUUCCAGCCACCAGGUGACCUUGCUGGACUUCGGGGCAAGCCGGGAAUUUGGGACCGAAUUCACAGACCAUUACAUUGAGGUGGUGAUGGCUGCAGUCAAUGGAGAUAAAGAUCGGGUCCUACAGAAAUCGAGAGACCUCAAAUUUCUCACAGGCUUUGAGACCAAGGCAUUCUCGGAUGCCCACGUGGAGGCCGUGAUGAUCCUGGGGGAGCCCUUUGCCACCCAGGGCCCCUACGACUUUGGGGCGGGUGACACUGCCCGCCGCGUGCAGGGCCUCAUCCCUGUGCUGCUGCGGCACCGGCUUCACCCACCACCCGAGGAGACCUAUGCUCUGCACCGGAAGCUUGCCGGGGCUUUCCUGGCCUGUGCCCGCCUCCGUGCCCACAUCGCCUGCCGGGACCUCUUCCAGGACACCUACCACCGCUACUGGGCCAGUCGCCAGGCAUAG